AUGUCAGAGGGCUUCAAGUUGUAUCAUUAUGACCCAUCUGCCGGUGCUGCUGUGGCCUUUGCCGCUGUCUUUGGUCUCACCACCGCGGUACACAUUUGGCAACUAGCACGGAAUCGAACAUGGUACUUUGUACCAUUUCUAAUUGGCUGCCUUUUUGAGGCGUUCGGUUAUUUGGCGAGAUAUGCCAGUGCAGAGGAAUCCCCGAACUGGACCACCAAACCAUACAUUGCACAGAGCCUUUUGCUCCUUUUAGCACCUGCCUUUUUCGCCGCCUCUAUAUACAUGAUUCUUGGUCGCAUUAUUCGCCUCUUGAAUGGAGCUUCGUGUUCGUUAAUUAGACCAUCAUGGUUGACCAAGAUAUUUGUGACGGGUGAUGUUUUGUCAUUUUUCAUCCAAAGUGGAGGUGGUGGCAUGCUUGCUACUGCAAAGACCAAGUCGAAAAUUGAUCUUGGCAACAACAUGAUUGUUGCAGGACUCUUUGUCCAGAUACUGUUUUUCGGCUUUUUUAUUGUUGUAUCCUUGGUUUUCCAUGUUCGCAUGCUGAAGACCCCCCUCCAUGCUGUGGGCGACAGUCGAAUUCCAUGGACGCGCUAUAUGAAAGUCCUUUAUUUCGCCAGUACCCUGGUUAUGAUCCGAUCGAUUUACCGAGUGGCCGAAUAUGUUCAAGGGACCGAUGGUUAUCUCCAAAGCAAAGAGGCAUUCAUUUAUGUUUUUGAUGCAACAUUGAUGUUCAUUUGCUGUCUGCUUUUCAAUGCCUUUCAUCCGAGCAAUAUUCUUUCUGGUUAUCAAAAAACUGAGGCAAACCCGGAUCUAGAGAUGCUCAACCACGGCGAGUAUACCGGAUAUACGGGGCAAGCCAGAUACAACAACAUUUCUUGA